GCUGUUUUGAGUAUUCCAAAAUUUGCAAAAAGCCAAAGAAACUUGCCUAUUAUUUGGGUCGACAUUCACAAUAUAUUAUAUAAGCUAAAUACCAACGACAACGUAGCUAGCUAGCUAGCUAACCGCCGCAAACAAGUGUCUUCGCAUGAAUGAAGAACUAACGGCAUGAUUCCAUGAUGAUUCUAAGGAAAGCAUCACUCACUGUCCGACCUACAGCACAGGAGUACGCUCAGCCCGGCGCAGAAACAUGUUCCUUCACAAACCGUUUGUUUGGGUCCUGUCGGUCCUGUGUGCCACUGACGUGUGUUGGGGAUUUGUCUACGACCGGCCCCGACGCUCCGGAGAGGACGGGACUCCAACCAGGACAGAGUCCCGCUCUGCGCCUCAGUAUGUGGCCACCUCCGGCUCCUGCAGGAACCGGUGCUUUGAGCUGCUGGAGCUGGAGCCGCCCAACUGCCGCUGUGACAACCUGUGUAAGACGUACAGCGGCUGCUGCUCGGACUUUGAUCAGCUCUGCCUCCGGACAGAGGGGGGCUAUGAGUGCAGUAAGGAUCGCUGUGGGGAGACUCGGAAUGAACAACAUGCCUGCCACUGCUCUGAUGACUGUCUGGCCAGAGGAGACUGUUGCACCAACUACAAGUCUCUGUGUAAAGGGGACAGUUCAUGGCUGCAGGAUGAGUGUGAGGAGAUCAAGACAGCUGAAUGUCCUGCUGGGUUUUUGCGCCCGCCACUCAUCAUGCUGUCAGUGGAUGGAUUUCGAGCUUCUUAUAUGAAGAGAGGAAGCGCUGUCAUACCCAACAUCGAGAAACUGAGAACAUGUGGAUCCCAUGCUCCAUACAUGAGGCCUGUUUACCCGUCAAAAACCUUCCCCAACCUCUACUCACUGGCUACGGGUCUUUACCCAGAGUCUCAUGGUAUCAUCGGCAACUCCAUGCAUGACCCGCUGUUUGAUGCCACCUUCACGCUGAGAGGCCGAGAGAAACUCAGUCACCGCUGGUGGGGUGGACAGCCAAUCUGGAUCACAGCACUCAAACAGGGAGUGAAGGCUGCCACCUUCUUCUGGCCUGUUGCUAUCCCAUUGGAGAGGCGCAUACUGACCAUGCUGCAGUGGCUCCACCUCCCUGAAGCGGAGAGGCCCUACGUUUACGCCAUGCACUCUGAACAACCAGACAUAUAUGGACACAAAAUGGGACCCAUGAGCAUAGAAUUGAACAACCCUCUGAGGAUGAUUGACAGAAUUGUUGGCCAACUGAUGGACGGACUUAAACAGAUGAAACUGCACCGUUGUGUCAACAUCAUCCUGGUGGGGGAUCAUGGUAUGGAGGAAGCCCACUGUGAUCGUACCGAGUUCCUCAGUAACUACAUGACCAACGUUGAUGACAUCAUCCUCAUCCCGGGGUCUCUAGGCAGAAUACGCUCAAGAUACCCCAACAACCCGAAAUAUAACCCCAAGGCUGUUGUUGCAAAUCUAACAUGUAAAAAGGCAGACCAGCACUUCAAGCCGUACUUGAAGCAGCACCUGCCUAAGAGACUGCACUACGCCAACAACCGACGCAUCGAAGACAUUCACCUGCUGGUGGAGAGGAAGUGGCACGUUGCCAGGAAAGCUCCGGAAGGGAAGAGGCACUGUGGCUUCUCUGGGGACCAUGGAUAUGACAAUAAGAUCAACAGCAUGCAGACUAUUUUCUUGGGGUAUGGACCUACAUUUAAAUUCAAGACUAAAGUUCCAGCCUUUGAAAACAUUGAGCUUUAUAAUGUCAUGUGUGAUCUUCUGGGUCUGAAACCAGCUCCCAAUAACGGAACCCAUGGCAGUCUGAACCACCUGCUGAGAAGCCCCCCCUACAGGCCCACCAUGCCGGAGGAGGUUUCUAGGCCAGCGGCCUCUGGUCUGGUUGAUGGGGGUAAAGAGGACCUGGGCUGCAGCUGCGAAGACAAGUUGCGUGUAAAAAGUAGGGGCCAGAGAAGUUUGAAAGUGACCCUUGUACGAGGCUAUAACCUGGAGUCACUCUGGCUCUGUCUCUUACAGAACAAAGUGGAGGAGCUAAACCAGCGACUGAGGCAAGCUAUUGAUGACAGCAGGAACCUGCCGUACGGUCGGCCUGCUGUACUCUUCCGUACCAAAUACUCCAUCCUCCACCACAGUGACUUCAUCAGCGGCUACAGCGAGGCUCUCUCCAUGCCUCUCUGGACAUCCUACUCCGUCAGCAGACAGGUGGAAGUGUCCCCUCUGCCUGAAGCCCUGUCCAACUGUGUGCGAGCUGACAGCAGAGUCCCUCCAGCCUACAGUCAGUCCUGUACCAACUACAGAUCCGACAGACAGAUCAGCUACGCCUUCCUGUUCCCGCCACAGUUAUCCUCAGCCAUAGACAAAAAAUAUGAUGCCGUCCUCAUCACCAACACCGUUCCCAUGUAUCCUGCGUUCAAAAGAAUAUGGAGUUACUUCCAGAGAGCACUGGUGAAGAAAUAUGCCACCGAGAGAAACGGAGUGAAUGUGCUCGUUGGACCCAUAUUUGACUACAACUAUGAUGGUGUCAGCGACUCGGCUGAGAAGAUAAAAGAGUAUGUGAGUGGGACAUUACCCGUCCCCACGCACUACUUCGUGGUCCUGACCAGCUGCUUAGACUUCACUCAGGCCGCAGACUCGUGUAGCGGGCCGCUGAGCAGUGCUGCCUUCAUCCUGCCACACAGAGCCAGCAACGACGAGACCUGCAACAGCUCGGAGGACGAGUCUCGCUGGGUGGAGGACCUGAUGAAGAUGCACACAGCUCGAGUCCGAGACGUGGAGAUCCUGACGGGCUUGGACCUGUACCGCAGAACGAGCCGGAGCUACGCCGAAAUCCUCUCGCUCAAGACCUACAUGCACACGUACGAGAGCGAGAUCUGACGUCCGCUGGCUCCAUUCACAGUAAUGUUGCUGAUCUUUAUCAACCGUGGUGGAUGUAUGUGGUACAAGGAGGAGAUGUGAUCAUCUCCGUUACACUCUCGCUGGAUGCUACGGCUGCUGGACGCAGCUGCAUGAUCACUGAGCAUUUGGUUUAAUCUCAUUCAUUUCAUCCAUGAAGAUCCAGCUUUAACACCACUGAGCUACUAGCUGUGGUACUGUCCACUGUAUUCUGUUGAGCAGUAGGAAAAUAUAAAGACAUGACCGGCACUCAAAUCCAAUAAAAUUACAUCAACAUCAGGAACAACAUGACCUACAUACAAUAUUAUUCUGGCAGACACAGUGCUUAGUUUGUCUAACUUUAGUAUGCAGUUUUUAUAAGCAAGGGGUAUAUACAGUAUAUAUACUGUAUAGAUAAAGGGCUGAAUUGAAUCUAUACCAGUUAUUUUGUGUCAUAACGUGUAAAUAUCAUCGUGUAAAUAUGGUCAUCUGCCCUCUAAGACCUCUGAAGUUUCCUUGGGUUCAUGUCACAAUGUAGCAGAAAGCUGCAUCACCUCAGUAUUAAGGAUGGUUCCACAGGUCUGUGGGACAUAAAGCUGACUCAUUAUUACACUUUGUUUUCAUUAUGUUCAGUGAUUAACAAGAAAUUGUCUUUAUUUUUUGAAUGAAAUGUUGUUGUGUGUGUACAGUGUGUAUAUGUUGAAUUCAAGAUAUUUUCUUAGUGUGUGUGUGUGUGUGUUUCUGUGUUGUGGUGUUGACUUUUUGUUCCGUGCACAAAAACAAUAAUGUCAAUGAUAAUUAAUUAUUAAUGUAUUCCCUAAAACAUUUUCCACCUGUGAUACCUAUUUAUGCUUUAUGCUUAUGAUGACAUGCUUAUGUCAUCACAAUAAAUCAGUGUUUUUUACUAAAAUGAAGUGUGGUGCAUAUUAAGUUAGUCCAGCUGUUUGUUUUUUUUAGUCCAUCUUCCAGCUGUGGGCUGCACACUGUGGAGCCAUGGGUACUCAGCAGCAGUGAAGCAUCUGAGCUACAAUACAAAGCAGCUUCAUAUUCGUCUACAUGAGCCAGCCAGCAGUACUACACAAAAAAGAUCGGUCCCUCUAUCCAGUACUGCCACCUGAUGGACACUGGUGGAAGUGCCAUUUUCACUGAAUAAAACAAUAAAAAUGUUUUCUGGAGACAACUGUGUGACUCCUGAAAACAGCAGUGACUCAGCGCUAAGCCGUCACACAGCAAUGGUGAGAGGGAAGGUGAAAUCAAUAAGAGUUUGGGUAAAUAAUAAGAUAGUACAACGUGAGUAGAAUAAUCUUAGAAGAUAGUCUACUCUGUGUUUUAUGGAAGAGGUUUUUGGCCAAUGUGAAAACUGUAUGAGUUUCAUUUUUAACACUGGCCCUAAUCCUCUUCAGUAGUGUUCCUAGCUGUCUGCAGUGCUGCUCCUCAUUUAAAGUGAAUGUGUUUAUCUGAUACGUCUGUGUGUAAAUACAGCCACUGCUUAUCCUGUGCCCAUGGACCAUUGUGCACAUGGAAACCACAGUUAGCAAGGUUCAAACCCUGGAGCUACAGCCUGAAUGUGAAUUCAUUGUAGAACAUUGAACACAAAGAAACUUUUGCACCUUUUUUUCCUUUAUUUGAAUUUUUAUGUUUCGCAAUGGCAGAGAGUAAUAAGAUGGAGUAUACGUUUUCACACUGCAGCCUGUGUCAUCUCAUUCAUGAUUUUCCACCUUAUGAGAGGAAAAAUACAUUUGGACUGUUCCCUUCAUUUAGCACUUCCUUUUUUAUUUCUAUUUG